AAGUAAACAUGGAGUCAUUGGAUUGGCAAAAUUUUCUUGAUAAAUUAACCAAAGUGUCCUUGCUAGAUGGUGUUGUUCAGAACUUUAAAUUGUUACUGAAUGAUGAAGAUCGAUUAAAGUUUUGUCUAAAUCAUAAGCUUAUCAGUACCAAAUUGUGUGAUUGGCUUGCUAGAAAUGCUCUUCCAGAUGGCUCACAGUUGAAAAAUACAAAAGUCGCGUUGAAAUUCAAAACAGAAGGCAACAGUUACUACGUUCGCAAGAAGGAGGACCGGGCACUAGACUGUUAUAAUAAGGGAUUAUUGCAUGCUACUAAGUCAGAGCUUGGCGUAUUAUACGGUAACCGAUCAGCUGUUUUAUUUAGCAAGUCUUGUUGGAACGAAUGCAUUCGUGAUAUUGAAGCGGCAUGCAUGAAUGAUUUUCCUUUAAGUAAGCAAUGGAAAUUAUAUAAGAGGAAAGGUGAAGUGUUUACGAAGCUACUGGACGUUUCUUCAGCGAUUGAUUGUUUUCGAAAAGUUGUGAAGUUGCUGAAAGAUAAGGAUGAAUACCUGGAAGAACAAAGUAAAGUGACGAAACUGAUUGAAUCCCUUAAUGAAAACAAAAAAGUUGAAAAUGGUGUCUUUGGGGAAAAACAACAAGGUGGCGAAAAUAGUCAGUUUGCUCCAGUUGGUGGAUAUAAUGACACGAUACCUAACGCUAGUAAAUUACUCACACUAUGUAACAACACUGAAGAAGGGCGUCAUCUCAUCGCGCGUGAUAAUCUUGAGAAGGGUAGUAUAAUCAUUUCGGAAAACCCAUACGCGGCUGUUUUGUUGCCACCGUGGUAUAGCUCACGCUGUCAGCAUUGUUUCUGUGAAGUUACCAUCUUGUUUCCAUGCCAUGUAUGCACCAAAGUUUGUUAUUGUUCUCCGAAAUGUCAAGAAGAAUCUUGGAAUUUAUAUCACUGGUUCGAAUGUGGAAAGUUAAGUUUAAUGGAGAAGAUUGGUAUUGCACAUCUAGCAAUGAGGAUAAUUUUAGUCACAAAAAUGUCCACCUUGCUUCGUUUCAUUGAUGUGAAGAAGGAAACCGACGUAAUUCCGGGAUGCAAUCAAGAUGGCAUCUAUAAUGCGUCCUAUGAGAGUGUGUAUAACUUGCUACCACACAGCCAAAAUAUCCAAGUUGAAGAUCGAUUUCAAUACACUUUAGCUGGUGUCCUAAUAUAUAAAGUCUUAGAGGAGAGCGUCUUUUUUCAGGAGGAGGUAUCGAGUGAUGUGAAAUAUCACGUCGGUGGAUUGAUUAUUCGUCACAUACAACAGCUUGUUUGUAAUGCGCAUGCGAUUACAUCGCUACAUUCUAAAAUGGCGUCAGCUAGUUCAAACUUGCUGGAACAAGAUCAAGUUCGCAUUGCAACAGCCAUUUAUCCCACGACAAGCUUGCUAAACCAUUCAUGCGAACCAAGCAUUGUAAACAGCUUUUAUAAGGAUAGGUUAAUUGUGAAAUUAGCGAAAAAUGUGAAAGCUGGAGAUCAAAUUUAUAACUGCUAUGGUCCUCAUUAUAGACGAAUGAACUUUGCAGACCGACAGCAAACGUUAAAGCAGCAAUACUUUUUCACUUGCAAAUGUCCACAUUGUUUGUUAGGAGCUGUUGCUAUGGAAGAAAUGGACUGUUUUCGGUGCGGUGUGUGUGACCAAAAAUUAUCGAUCCAAGAUGGAGAUAUGUGCUCUCAUUGUGGGACCCAGAUCUCUGGAUACUAUGAACAGUGCCGUAAAAAAGCUGUUGAAGCAAAAAGAUUGCUAGAGUCUGGCUUAGACGUUUUGCAACAAAAUCAGGAUACUUCUAUUUCUAAAGCAAUUAAAUUGCUUCUGAAAUCUUUAAAAAUACAAGAAGAAAUUUACUUUAAAUAUCAUUCAUCCUUAGCUAAAACUUUUGAUGUGAUUGCGAAAUGUUACACGAUGCUACAAAAUUAUGCAGAAUCAUUGAUAUACUUGAAGCGGAGUGUGACCAUCACUGAAUCUAGAUACGGUAAAGACAGUAUCGAAGUAGCGAACGAGCUGCUUAAGUUAUCUGAUGUUUACAUGGCGUUAAUUCAACAACAUGUCGACGCAAAAGAUUUAAACUCAAUUCAUAACUUGCUUCCAGAAGCAAUUGCUACAGUAAAUAAAUCAAUUGUCGUGGUUGAACUUACUAAAGAACCAGAUUCCGAAGAUUUAAAAGAACUGAAAGUCAAUCAACAAAGUUUGAAACAACUACAAUAUUUGUCCUGAUUGUCUUUAAAAUGUAUUUUCGUUUGACUAUUCUUAGCUGCCUCAGAAAUAAAUAACUAUUCCUUCCAAA